UGGCGGGAGAAGCCUCCCAUUCAAGCUCGAGCUCCCACCCACUGCAGCUCCAUCCCUACCCAUCCUGGCCAGCAUCAUGUGUUCCAGACCCACAUCCACCAUCUGGGAUAUGGUGUGGGACCACCAGAGGAAUGCCUGAAACCAGGGCCAUCCUGAAAAACCCAGGCCAGGGCUUUUCCUGGGCUCCAGGUGGGCUGAGCACAGAAGCUGCAAGGUGACCAUUCUGGCUGCUUGCAUGAGUGUGCCAGCCUGGGUGAGAAGGCAGAGACAGCCUGCGGGGCUUCUCUCACUUGUCCCCAGGGCCUGAUGUCGGAGGCCAUGGACCAGCCGGCCGCGAGCCCUGGAAUCCCGAAGCCAGGAGAAGGUGGUGAGGGCAGCAUGGAGCCGGGCACCUGCCAGGAGCUCCUGCACCGGCUGCGGGAGCUGGAGGCAGAGAACUCGGCACUCGCCCAGGCCAAUGAAAACCAGCGGGAGACCUACGAGCGCUGUCUGGACGAGGUUGCCAACCAUGUGGUGCAGGCGCUGCUGAACCAAAAGGACCUGCGGGAGGAAUGCAUCAAGCUGAAGAAGAGGGUAUUUGAGCUGGAACGGCAGAACCAGAUGCUGAGCGCCCUGUUUCAGCAGAAACUUCAGCUCACAGCAGGCUCCCUCCCUCAGAUCCCACUCGCCCCACUCCAGCUGCCUUCAGAGCCACCAGCCUCCCCAUCCCUGAGCUCCGCUGAGGGACCGGCCACCUCGCUGCCUCUGGGGCGCUGUGCUGGGCAGAGAGAGGUGUGUUGGGAGCAGCAGCUGCGGCCAGGAGGCCCAGGACCCCCGGCCGCCCCACCCCCAGCGCUGGAGGCCCUAUCCCCGUUCCUUCGAAAGAAAGCCCAGAUCCUGGAGGUGCUGAGAGCCCUGGAAGAGACUGACCCCUUGCUUCUGUGCUCACCUGCCACCCCCUGGCCGCCUCCAGGCGAGGGUUCCGGCUCACCAGAGCCCAUCAAUGGCGAGCUAUGUGGCCCACCUCAGCCUGAACCCUCUCCCUGGGCCCCCUACCUGCUACUAGGUCCUGGUAGCCUGGGAGGCCUGCUGCACUGGGAGCGCCUCUUAGGGGGCCCAGGGGAGGAAGAGAGUGCUGGGCGGCCCUGGGGCCCUAGUAGGGGCUCCCCACAGGCCCAGGGCACCGGUUCCGGGCCACCCUGCGUCCCAGGCAGCAGCUCCUCCUCCUCUUCUGAUGAGGCAGGCGACCCCAACGAGGCACCCAGCCCUGACACCCUGCUUGGGGCCCUGGCCCGCAAACAGUUGAACCUGGGCCAGCUCCUUGAGGACACGGAGUCUUACCUACAGGCCUUCUUGGCCGGGGCUGCUUGCCCACUCGGCGGGGACCAGCCAGGUCCCAGGCAGCCAUCCUCCCCAGACCAGGGGCCCCCGCAGCUGUCCAAGUCCAAAGGCCUCCCCAAAUCAGCCUGGGGAGGGGGUACCCCGGAGGCCCACAGGCCGGGCUUUGGUGCUACCUCAGAGGGCCAGGGGCCCCUCCCCUUCCUCAGUGUGUUCAUGGGUGCAGGGGACGCCCCCCUGGGCUCACGGUCUGGCCACCCCCACUCCUCAUCUCAGGUGAAAAGCAAGCUCCAAAUUGGCUCCCCUUCUCCCGGGGAAGCCCAAGGACCCCUUCUGCCCUCUCCAGCCAGAGGUCUCAAGUUUCUAAAGCUGCCUCCAGCCUCAGAGAAGGUACCCAGCCCAGGGGGCCCCCAGCUCAGCCCCCAGCUCCCCCGGAACUCCCGAAUCCCCUGUCGGAACAGUGGCUCAGAUGGCAGCCCUUCCCCGCUGCCGGCCCGCAGGGGUCUGGGCGGAGGAGAGCUGUCCCCAGAGGGGGUGCAGGGUCUGCCCACCAGCCCGUCACCCUGCCCCACACCCCCCGAUUCUGCACAGCUCAGACCUCCCCAGCCAGCUUUGUCCACUACGCUUUCCCCGGGACCAGUGGUGUCUCCUUGCUACGAGAACAUUCUGGACCUUUCCCGGAGCACCUUUAGGGGGCCUUCCCCAGAGCCACCUCCAUCCCCACUGCAGGUGCCCACCUACCCACAACUAACUCUGGAGGUGCCACGGGCCCCUGAGGUCCUCAGAAGCCCUGGAGUCCCCUCCAGCCCUUGCCACCCAGAAUCCUGCCCCUAUGAGAGUGCCCAGGAGAAGAGUUUGGACAAGGCAGGCUCGGAGUCUCCCCACCCUGGCCGCAGGACCCCCGGCAGCUCGUCCAAGAAACCUGGCCAGGGGCCGGGCCGGCGACCUGGGGAUCCUGGCUACACACCUCUGCGGGACAGACUAGCAGCCCUGGGAAAACUGAAGACUGGCCCUGAGGGGCCCCAGGGCCCAGAAAAGAAUGGGGUGCCAGCUAGGCCUGGCCCUGAGAAGGCCCGGGGAGGAGGGAAGUCAGGGGAGAGCACUGGAGACACAGCGCUCUCUGCCUCCAGGCCCCCUGAGCAGCCAGAAGCCAAGGGGGCCCUGCGGGGGGCCGUGGCCUUAGGCACAAGCAGCCUGAAGCAACAGGAAUCUGGGCUCCUGGGGGACCCUGGGUCCCGAGUCUACUCUUCCCACUCCAUGGGGGCCCGGGUGGACCUGGAGCCUGUCUCACCAAGGAGCUGCCUCACCAAAGUGGAGCUGGCCAAGAGCCGGCUGGCAGGGGCCCUGUGCCCCCAGGUACCCCGCACCCCUGCCAAAGUGCCAACCUCAACCCCCAGCCUCGGCAAGCCCAAUAAGAGUCCCCAUGGCAGCCCGACAAAGCUGCCUUCUAAGUCGCCCACCAAGGUGGUGCCCCGACCUGUGGCCCCACCAGCCACCAAGGAGCCCCCCAAGCCUGACAAGGGGAAGGGCCCACCCUGGGCAGACUGCGGCGGCACUACGGCCCAGCCCACACCCCCAGCAUCUGGCCCUGCCGACCCAGGCCCAGGCCCUGAGGGGCGGGCCCCACACUCGGCCAUUGAGGAGAAGGUGAUGAAGGGCAUCGAGGAGAACAUGCUGCGGCUCCAGGGCCAGGAGCGGGCCCCCGGCACCGAGGCCAAGCACCGCAAUGCUAGCAGCAUCGCCAGCUGGUUCGGCCUUAAGAAGAGCAAGCUGCCAGCACUGAACCGCCGCACAGAGGCCGCCAAGGGCAAGGAAGGGGCUGGCGGGGGCUCCCCGCUCCGGAAGGAGGUCAAGAUGGAAGCCCGGAAGCUGGAGGCCGAGAGCCUCAACAUCUCCAAGCUGAUGGCCAAGGCGGAAGACCUGCGCCGGGCACUGGAGGAGGAGAAGGCCUACCUGAGCAGCAGGGCCCGGCCACGGCCUGGGGGACCAGCGCCAGGGCCCAGUGCAGGCCUGGGGCAGGUGCAGGGCCAGCUGGCCGGCAUGUACCAGGGUGCAGACACCUUCAUGCAGCAGCUGCUUAACAGGGUGGAUGGCAAGGAGCUGCCCCCCAAGAGCUGGCGGGAGCCCAAACCUGAGUAUGGCGAUUUCCAGCCAGUGUCCUCUGACCCCAAGAACCCCUGGCCGGCCUGUGGGCCCCGAAAUGGCCUGGUGGGCCCUCUUCAGGGCUGUGGGAAACCUCCUGGGAAGCCAAGCAGCGAGCCGGGGAGGCGGGAAGAGAUGCCCUCAGAGGACAGUCUGGCUGAGCCAGUGCCCACCUCACAUUUCACAGCCUGUGGCUCUUUGACUCGAACUCUGGACAGUGGCAUUGGGACCUUCCCGCCCCCAGACCAUGGCAGCAGUGGGACCCCCAGUAAGAAUCUUCCCAAGACCAAGCCACCACGGCUGGAGCCCCCAGCCGGGGUGCCCCCAGCUCGGCCCCCACCCCUUACCAAAGUCCCCCGCCGUGCCCACACACUGGAGCGUGAGGUGCCUGGCAUAGAGGAGCUGCUGGUGAGCGGGCGGCACCCCAGCAUGCCGGCCUUCCCCGCCCUGCUCACAGCUGCUCCGGGCCACCGGGGCCAUCAGACCUGUCCCCACGAUCCUUGUGAAGACCCAGGCCCUCCUGCUCCUGUCCAGCUGGCCAAGAACUGGACCUUCCCCAACGCGAGGGCAGCCAGCGGCUCCUCUGACCCUUUCCUAUGCCCGCCCCGACAACUGGAGGGGCUGCCCAGGACCCCCAUGGCCCUGCCCGUGGACGUGGACGGAAAGCGGAGCCUGGAGCCCAGCCGCCCAGCUCCUGCGCCCCAGGGCCCAGCGUUUGGGGGUAGCCGCACCCCCAGCACAUCGGACGUGGGCGAGGAAGGGAGAGUGGCCAGUGGGGGUCCCCCGGGGCUGGAGACCUCAGAGUCUCUCAGUGACUCACUCUAUGACUCGCUGUCCUCCUGCGGGAGUCAGGGCUGAGCGAUUGCAGCGGCCACGCCCCGCUCUGGCCUCGGAGACCAUGGACUGGGCCGGCUCGCCUCACGCCCCGCCCCCUCGGGGCCCGUGGGGCCCCUCCCUGAAGGGACCAAGGAGGUAGAUGGACAAGAAGGUGAAGGGGGUCCCCGGCACACCCCACUGCCCACCGCUGCUGUGGAGGAGAUGACCGCUCUCAGCUCAGGGAGAGACCCCACCCUUGGUCCCUUCUCUCACCCAGAGUAAGGCUCUUCCUCUGCGGGACUGGGGGUUCAAGGCCGCUGUGUCCCGGCCCCCAGCUCCCACUUCAGGCUGAGCCAUCUUGUGGUGCUGGGCUUCCUGCCCACCAGCCGUGCCAUCUCCACCCACCCUGGCAGCUCCCCUGCCUCGGAAGCCCCGUGCUGGUGGAGUUCAGGGGCGAGGGGUCAAGUUGCCUUCUCUCUGUCUGCCCUGGCCCUCCCCGCUGUCUGGAUGGUGCUGCCCUCUCCUGCCCCAUGUCUUUGGGGCCCAUUUGUCUGUCUUUUUUGGGGUGUUUUUUUGUUUUGUUUUUUUUAUUAAAGCACCUGGCCCACUCUCCACCCACCCGCGCCCCCUCCCCCCAUCCCCGCACUGCGGUUAAUUUAUCUGUUGUUAAAAACGCGGCUGCUCUGCUUCCAGCCUCUGCUUCUGCCGUAUCCCUAAUAAAACGUGGAGGCCCCUCCCUGC